AUGGGGGACAAGGCCAGGAUGCAGCACGGAGACCCUGAGAGGAGGGAGGAGGAAGAGAGAAGGUGGAGCUCCAGGAGUUACAAUGUAGGGGCCGUCUCCAGCUUCCUCUCUACCCUUGUGACCUUCCCCAUCUACAAGACCAUCUUCCGCCAGCAGAUCCAUGCCUUUUCCAUACAGGAGGCCAUACAGCAACUGCACCAGGAGGGCAUGCGCCGCUUCUACCGGGGCCUCUUCCCACCACUCUUGUCCAAGACGCUCCAGGGAACCCUGUUGUUUGGCACCCAUGACAGCUUGCUCCUUCUCCUCACCAGCAACCCUUCUGAGCCUUGCAUGCUGGGGGAGCGGUGGACAGCAGGAUUCCUGUCUGGCUUAGUGGAGGCUUUAGUCCUGAACCCCUUUGAGCGGGUCCAGAAUGUCCUGCAAGAUGGACAGAAAGAUGCCAGGUUCCCAAACACCCGCAGCAUCCUGCAGGAAUUCAACUCAUAUGGUCUGAAGGAAAGGCUGGUUGUAGGCUACUAUCGUGGCCUCAGCCCCGUCCUGCUGCGGAACAGCCUGGGCAGUGCACUGUACUUCUCUUUUAAGGAUCCCCUCCGUGAUGGCCUGGCCACGAGGGGCUUGCCUAGCUGGCUCCCUGCCCUGGUGUCUGGCAGUGUUAAUGGGACGGUGAUUUGCCUGGCAUUGUACCCUCUGAGUGUCCUCAUUGCCAACAUGCAGUCACAGGUUGUGGGGAGGGAUCUCCUCGGCCUCCGGCAGUCUGUGUGGUCUGUCUGGGAGUCGCAUGGGAGAAAGCUGACUCUUCUCUAUCGGGGCGGCUCCCUCCUUGUCCUCAGGUCCUGCCUGACAUGGGGUCUCACCACUGCCAUCCAUGACUUCCUGAAAGAGAACACAGGGCAGAAGUCCCAGGUGGAAUAA